AUGUCCUCUCUACCACGCCCCAAGCGGGCAGGGGAAGACUUUACCCGCACCCACCACAACGAGGAGGUCGAUACGGAGAGUCCGUCUUCCAAAAAGCCUCGAUUCGACCUCCGAAACCCUUCCACACUUGCUCCAGAUAUCCUAGAUGAGGAUGUGGUUCUAGAUGCGGAUGAAAUCGGUCGCCGCGGGCAACAAGUACGCCGCAAAGCCGUCAACCUGGAUGGGUAUGAUUCGGACAGUGACAACGAAGGGUUUGAUGCACGGGCGGAGGCCAAGGCCAAAGCCAGCCGCGCCAAUAAUGAUGCGGAGGAUGAUGAUAUGUUUGCCGAGCUGCAGGAGGACUUCGGAGUGGAGGGUAUCGACGGGGACGAGGCUCUACGGAAGAACAAGAAAACCGUGCGCUUUCUACGAGAUGACGAAAUCGAAGGACAAGUCUCCUCAUCAAAGGGCGGGGGCACACUGCACGCAGAUCUGAGCCAAGGGGCCGAUGCAGUGGACGCGGACGAAGCUGAAAGCGAGAGUGAUAUUGGAGAGGAGGAACGGGCCAGAGUGAACGCCGAUAUGGACGAGGAACUAGGGGCUGGCUCCAAGAAAAAACAUGCGCCCCUGUUGGAUGCCUUCAACAUGAAGACGGAGCAGGAAGAGGGCAAGUUCGACGAUCAGGGCAACUAUAUACGGAAAGCAGCAGAUCCGGAUGCGGUAUAUGACACUUGGUUGGAAGGAGUCUCGAAAAAGGACAUUCGACGCGCAAAGGAAGCCGCUGAGAAAAGAGAAACCGAAAGGAAGGAAAGAGACCGAAUGAAUGAUAGUGUCUUGACGUCGGACAUCCUAAAAACCCUUAUAACGCAUCUUCAAAAGGGGGAGACGAUACUGGAAGCUCUGGCCCGCAUCGGGAAGGGAGCUCCAAAGAAACCCAAGUGGCAGCAAAAUCGCAACAAGAACCGAUCCAAACAGAAAGAAGCCUCCACUGAAGAUAUAGAAAUGAUGGAAGACGACCCAAAGGAAGCUGCCCGGAAGAAGGCAAUCGACGACAUUACCGGCGCAGCGGAUAUCCUUAUGACCAGGGGCCAGGUCGAGAUCUACAACACCGAACGUGAACUUCUCACUCGACAAUAUCGCCGGGAGACUGGAGAGGAGUGGAUUGAUCCGCCGGAAGAAGAUACGAGACCUAACGAUAGCGAGCACGCUCCUACCAUGUGGGAAUUUCGCUGGUCGGAUGCUCGUGAUGGUGGAAUUAUACAUGGCCCCUAUGACAGAGUAACAAUGGAAUCAUGGAAAAAUGCCGGUUACUUUGGCGAAGGCGUUGAGUUCCGACGGACGGUGGAUAUGGACGAAUGGAAUAAGGAAGCCAGUUUUGUAUAG